AGGACGCCGCCGACGCGCACGGGCAGGAGGUGGCCCGCAUGGAGAGCGAGGUGCAGGCGGAGCGGAAGCGUUGGGCCGAGGAGGAGUUGGCUGAGGGCGUGGCGGCCGACCGCGUCGCGCAGCUGAGCGAGGAGCGGUCCCGCGUCCUGGAGGAGCGCGGCGCCCUCAUGAUCAACCUCUCCGCCGAGGCGGGUCGCUUCUCGGCCGUGACCGACCAGCUGCAGCACGUCCGCGCCGAGACGCGCGUGGUGGAGCAGCGGUUCUCCGCGGCCAUGGCCCGCACGGCGGAGGCGCAGCGCAGGGCCCGCGAGGCGAGCCUGCAGGGCGAGAUGCGCGCCACGAAGGUGAAGGGGAUGAUCGCGGACGUGUGGCAGAGCGCGCGCGCGGCCGCGGUCGAGGCCGGUGCCGGCGGGGCGGCGUUUGCGCCGCCCCCGCGGCUCCCGCGCUGACCCCAUCGUGCUCGGGGCCCCUCGCCGCCGGCCCUCUCGGUCAUCCCCUCGCGGAGGGCCGCGCCGUGCCCCGCCCGCGCGGGCACGCUCGGGGGCCCGGCGCCCUGGAGCGCGAACGGGUUGCGGCCGAUGUGGUGAA